AAGAAAUUCAUGUGCCAAAAGGGUAGUAAUUACAUCCUAAUCAAUGAAACAAAGAACUGGUGCGAGGCACUGGGGUACUGCAGGAGACACUUUACUGAUUUAGCGAUCAUUAAUAACCAACAAGAAGCUGACUAUGUCCUAAGUAGAAGUAUGGGCACCAGAUUUUGGAUCGGGCUCCUGCAUGACGAGUGGCGAUGGGUGGACCAAAGCUGUUCAACAUAUAGAACCUGGAAUAACAUCAGCCAAACAGAAAACUGUUCAGUUAUGUCAAGUGAUACUGGCAGAAGUUUUAAGAGGCAUGAUUGUGAAGGUGCAGAACUAGGAUUAUGCUCCAAAGGCAACGUGAGAAUCAAAGUCAUCACAAGCCCUCAAUUAAGUUGGGAAGAAUCCCUGGAAUAUUGUGAGGCAAACCAUUCACGCUUGCUGUGGAUUGAGGGUGAAGAAGAUCAAAAAGCUGUUGAACAGUGGUUAAAUUAUACUCAUGUACAAUUCUCUUAUCCACUCUGGAUCAGUAUGAGGCAGAGUUCUGUCUUUGGAUUUUGGAUUUGGAGUGACAGGAUUGUGAACUGGACCAACUGGGAGAAUGGAAGACAGCCAGAGUUGAACGAACCGUUUCAGUGUGGGGUCAUCAAAAAGGACUUCACAUGGAGUAAUAGAAGCUGUUCAACACAGCUGCCUUUCAUUUGUGAGGAGGAUAUUGUGUGGAUGAAUGAAUGAAUUACAGCUGCAGAUGUGUUGCUAAAAUGAAGGAAAAUGCAGAAUCAGUUUGAGUUUAAUCUUAAUGAGUAACCCUUAAUCCAUUAUUACUGAUUCUGUUUAUCUGGUUCGGAUGUGUUUAUUUGUAUUUAGUCAAUAUAACAGUAAAU